CCUUUCUCACAAUAAUAAUGUAAUGAUUAUAAAAAAAAUGUAAGAUGCUUCCUAUGAAGGUCGUGAUGAGCGUAUGAAACUGGGACACCCAUUGAAGAAAAGGAAUACAAAAAUGCUCCAAUCAUGUCAGCAUACCUUCCAUUUGCCAAUAUAAUUCCAUACUCCACUCAUUCUGGUUGAGUGGUUGAGGCAACAAGAUCGCUACCAUGAUAUCCAGAGCAUUCUUUCUGUUUCUAGCCCUCAUGGCGGCAACAUCUUUAGCUCUUGUAGAGAAGAGAACAUAUAUAGUUCACAUGGACCACACAAAGAUGAUGGCCUCAAAUCCCCAACAAUGGUACAAAGAUUUGAUGGAUUCCGUCUAUGACCUAUCAAUUGAGGAGGAAGAAGAAGACAACACAACACCACCUGACCUCCUUUACACCUAUGAAAAUGUUGUUUCUGGUUUUGCAGCAAAGCUUUCCACCAAACAACUUGAGUCCUUGGAGAAAAUGGAAGGGUUUCUCUAUGCCAAUCCUGAUAGAAAGCUAAGCCUACACACAACCCACACUCCUCAGUUCCUUGGCCUGCAAGCUGGCAAGGGACUAUGGAGUGCCUCCAACUUAUCUUCUGACGUGGUGAUUGGAGUGCUUGAUACUGGAAUUUGGCCUGAACACAGCAGUUUCCAUGACUCGGGCAUGCCUCCAGUGCCUGCUAAAUGGAAAGGCAAAUGUGAGAAGGGCACACAGUUUUCUCCAUCAAAUUGCAAUAAGAAGCUAAUUGGGGCGAGAUAUUACUACAAAGGGUAUGAAGCGGCAAACGGAAAAAUUAAUCAAACAAUUGAUUUCUUGUCCCCUCGGGAUGAAGAUGGCCAUGGGACACACACUGCCUCAACUGCAGGAGGCAGUGUUGUAGACAAGGCAAGUUUAUUUGGCUUCGCCAGUGGCUCAGCAAGUGGUAUGAUGUACACAUCAAGAAUUGCUGUUUAUAAAGUGUUGUGGGAAAAAGGUAACGGUGGUGUAACUACUGAUGCAUUGGCUGCUAUCGAUCAAGCUGUUCUCGAUGGUGUUGAUGUACUCUCCCUCUCUUUGACAAGUGACAAUGUGGCUUAUUAUUUGGAUGAUAUUGCCAUAGCUGCAUUUGGGGCCAUCCAAAUAGGGGUUUCUGUUGUAUGCUCUGCAGGCAACAAAGGUCCAUCUUUCUCCACUGUAGGCAAUACUGCACCAUGGCUCAUGACAAUUGCAGCUAGUUAUCUAGAUAGGAGCUUCGCAGCAACCGUCACGCUUGGAAAUGGCCUAUCAUUUCAAGGUUCAUCAUUAUCUCAAAGCAAAGCAACCAAGCACUUACGGCUCGUCUAUGGAAAGACAGCUGGUGGUGAAGGAGCGGAUCAUUGUAUUCCUGGAUCCCUCGAUCACAAUCUUGUCAAAGGAAAGAUUGUAGUGUGCAAAAAUGGAAAAGAUGACCGAGCCGCUAUAGGAGAGCUAGUGAAAUUAGCAGGAGGAGCUGGAAUGCUGCUACUCAAUACUGAAUCCGAAGGCGAAGAACUCAUUGCUGAUCCACACGUUUUACCAGCCAUUGGUUUAGGUGUCUCAAAAGGUAAAGCCAUAAUUAAAUAUUUAAACUCAUCUGAAAAACCAACAGCAUCCAUUAUCUUCGAGGGUACUGUGUAUGGUACUCGUGCCCCGAUGAUGGCAUUGUUUUCAUCAAGAGGGCCGAAUGAAGUUGACCCUAAUGUGAUUAAGCCGGAUGUGACUGCACCGGGGGUAAACAUCUUAGCUGCUUGGCCACCCAUAGUAAGCCCGAGUCUACUCACCAGUGAUAAAAGAAGUGUUAAGUUCAAUAUCUUUUCAGGCACCUCAAUGUCAUGCCCCCAUGUCAGCGGCCUAGUUGCACUACUCAAGUCAGUUCAUAAGAAUUGGUCUCCUGCUGCAAUUAAAUCAGCCCUCAUGACAACUGCUUACACUAUGGACAAUAGGAAGAUUCCAAUUGCUGACGUUGCACAUGAUUUUGAACCAGCAACACCUUUUGCACUUGGUUCGGGCCACGUUAAUCCCGAAGUUGCUGUUGAUCCAGGCCUUGUCUAUGAUAUUACUGCUGAAGAUUAUCUAAUCUAUCUAUGCCUAAAAUACACCUCUUAUCAGAUGGCUGCAGUAUCAAGAAGACGUUUUACAUGUCCAAAAAAGAUUUCUCCUCAACCUGGUAACCUCAAUUAUCCUUCCUUUGCAGUGAAUUUUGAAGGUAAAGCAAAAAAUGUAAGCUUGACGUUCAGGCGGACAUUGACUAAUGUUGGGACACCCAAGAGUAGUUACAUGGUGCACCUGGAGGAACCUAAUGGAGUAGUUAUAGUUGUAAAGCCAACUAUAUUGAAGUUCCGAAAGUUGGGUCAGAAACUGAACUACAAAGUUACCUUUAUUGGAUACAAAAUCACGAAAAAUCCGACGUUCGGUUCUCUAGUGUGGAUGUCAAGAAAAUAUUCAGUUAUAAGUCCCAUUGCAGCAACUUGGCAGUAGUUAUCGAACAAUGUUGCACUUGUUUAGCUAGAAGAUUUAAAAUAAGAUUGUAAAAUAUUGUUUUACUAUAAAAAAAAUAAGAAAGGUUCCAACUUCCAAGUCGUAAAUAAGACCAAUGUUCCGGUCUUACAAU